AUGAAACCAAAGGUAUCGAUUGCGUCACUACUUCCACUUCUAUCAGCAAUUACGGCGACGAGGUACCAAUUGAACACUCCUGAUUCCGGGAGUGUUUCUAGCGAAUCAAGAGGAUCUUCGGAAGUAGAUAUGUGCGAAGACUACGAUAAUAUAACCCGAUGGACUGCUAAGCAGCUAAAGAUUAAUGACCAUUUAAGGAACUUUCAGGCGACCUUGGGUUCGAUAAUCAGUUCCUUCGAUACGACCAAGUCUAUAGAGAAGUGCUGUUUUUAUAAAAACAACACAGUGGACCUAAUAAUUGAAAACGUCAAUAUCAUUGUUCAAGAAAGUGACUCUGACGAUAACCCAAUUGAACGCAGCAAAGAUCUUUCGACGAAUCUGAAAAAUAUUUUUUCUAAAAUCAAGAAAACUUUCGUAAAGGGCGUUAACGUUUGCUGUGAAAAUUUGCGCGAGGCCAUCCAAAAGGAAAAGGGGGAGGCGGAAGAAAAAGUAAAGAAGAUUUCUAUGGAAUACAAGGAAAAGUACACCGAAAGUUCAAUAAGAAAGGACGGACUUCAGAAAAAAGUAAAACAUCUGGAGGGCCAAAUAGCAGCUGCGAAAUCACGCUUGGAAAAAUUACAAAACGAAGUGGGUAAAAGUAAUGAGAAAACCAAUUGUUGUGAAGAACUAAAACAACAAUUUUCUGUUUUGGAUAGUCAAAUAAGCACAGCCAAAACUGAAGCAGAUAACGAAAUCAAAAACUUGGAUAAUCAACUGAAAGAUAUAAAGGAAAAGCUAUGGAAUCAGGAUAAAAUAACUGAAGCUAUAAAAAAAACCAUAGACGACGGUGGCGAAAUUACUAAAAAUACGAUCGACAAGUCCAAAAACAAUUGUGGCAAUCCGAAUAGUAGUCAGGAUAAGCAAAUUCAAAAAGACGAUUUACCUAAUUUGAAAGCGAAAAUCGAUAGCCUACAGAUGCUGCUCGUAAACCUCACCAAUAAAAUAAGCAACUUGGACAUUCAGGGAUCGUCAAAAAGUUUAAGUGUAACCCUAAAUACAUGCCUGGAAAAUUAUAAAAAACUUUAUACAAUUGAGUCUGAACUUCAGGAAAAGAUACGGCAGCAAAAUCAAACAUGUUCUCAGGCAUCACCAGAAAUGACUAAAAAUGAAAGUUCAACAAGUAAUCAAAGCUGUUCCUCAGAUGAACAGCUGAAGGAACGUAUUAAAGCACUUCAAAAUGAGUCUAAGAUUCUGGAUGACGAACGUCAAAAGUUUCCUUCAUGCUGCCAAAAAAUUGAUAAGCUUCAACUGCAGGCGGAACAACUAACCAAUGUACUUCAGAUCAUGAACAAAACCUACCACGAUCAAAUUCAAGAGAAUACAAAGAAAUUUAAGGCCUUAAAGGAUGCCUUGGAUGAAUUUCUUAACAGACAGGGCGAAGUAAAUCAUCCAAGAAUUACUAAUGCUGCCCAAGAGCAAGUAAAAAAACUUGAAAAAAAGUUAAACAAAGCCAGCAUAAAUUUGGAGGCAUUGAAAGAAACACAAGACGAUUUCGUAAAGCUUAUGGAAAAUGCGAACCAUCUAAAAUAUUCGCCUAAUGAGUUUGCAAAGCUACGAAAGGAUUUCGAAGAGUUCCGAAUCAAAAUUCUCAGACAGCUAAUGGAUUAUGAAAGGAAAAAGCUACCAGAUCCAUCAGCUGCUGCCAGACAGCGCGAGAGUCGACUAAAACAAAUCAAAGAUGACAUGGAUAAAUUGAAAAAUACUAUUCAGCUCCUAGAGGAACUGCACAGGAAGGCCCAAGAUGAACUCGAAAAACGGAAGACGCCAUCAAAGCUUAUGCUUGAUUGCGAGGAAAAGUGCAAGGAAAUGGAGAAAUUUGGCACACUCACAGAUCAAAUAGAAGACGCAAAAAAGCUGCUUAAAACGAAAGCUACUACGACUACGAAAGCAACUCCGAAAGCAACUGCGAAACCAAUUCCGAAACCAACUCAGAAACUUACCAAAAAGGUAGUACCAAAAUAUAAACCCACACGUAAGGUUAGCCGCAAGGAAAAGCCAAAAAGAAAGUGGAGUGGGGUUUUGGUUGGGGGUAUCCAUUUUGAACCCGAACGCCUAAAGCUUCACCGUUGACAGAGGUUCGUGGACCGCAGUAAACGUGACGAAAAUGAAACCAAAGGUAUCGAUUGCGUCACUAUUACUUGUGAUAACUGCAAUUACGGUGGUGAGGAACACACGUGA